AUGAAGCCCUGCAAGCUCAUGAAGGUGGAUUGUGCCUGCAAUCACUGCAAGUCUCGGAGAAAGGAUAAUGCGAACAUGGAUGCACGGACCAUGUGGCAGCCUCUAGGAAUGGCCAGCUUUGGCAUGGGCAGUGCCACCCCAGCUGCCAGCUGCGACUCCAAUUCUUACGCGACCAGACUCAGACCGCGAUCCUGCCCGCCAUCUGCCCCAGUUACGCCCAAGAAGAAGACGCCGAGAAAAUCCAAGAAAGCUCCUCCCCAAAAAGGUGGCGCCGCGACUCCAGGGACCCAAGGCACUCCCGUGUGUAUCGACUCCAAGAAGACUCCCAGCGGCGCUCAGAAAGCUGCGCGCGUCGGCAACAUGUCGACCCAAACGGGCAAGUUCCGCGAGGACCAGGUCCUCAUCAUCUGUCCCGGCAGCCAGACGACCAUGGCCCAGCUGGGAUGCGGCGAGCUGACCCCGCCCAUCCACCGCAUUCCGACGCGCAUGUUCAAGGACGCCGAGACGGAUGAGUGGCGCCCCUUCCAUACAUUCAAGCGCAAGAAGCCUAGUGCCAAAGGCGCGCUCGCCAUCGAUGGCCCGCGGGUCGACGAGGACGAGUACGAGUGGGUUGAGGACACGGACUCGACCGAGGGCGCUGUCUACCCGCUUCAAGGCGGUCGCAUUGUCAAUAUGGAGGCCUUCCUCGCCUUCCUCGACCACGUCCACAGCAUGCUCACGACCACGUACCACAACACCCCAAUCAUGCUCAUGGCUUCGCCUCAAUGGUGCCGCCCCGACAUCGAGACCCUUGCGCGCUACAUUUUCGAGAAGACCCGGACGCCCGCCCUCUGCAUGAUCCACAGUGGCAUCGCUACCCAGUACGGCCUGAAGUGGCCCGCCCUCACGGUGGUGGACAUUGGCUACGAGAAGGUCGACGUCACCUGCAUACACGAGGGUCGUGUGGUCAAUCAUGGCGAACUCGGCGCGCCGAACCCGGAGCGCUUCAUCUCCGGCGGAGAGAUGUUCACGCGCAAGCUUCUCGAGAAGCUCAAGGACAAGGGCUUCACGUACGACAUGGCGGAGCAGCUGAAGAAGAGCCACAUCUGCGAGGUCCUGCCCUAUGCGCCCAACAGCCCCGACCUCAUGGAGCUCCCGACGGACCAGACGGCCGGCAUCGCCGCCGGCGCACCCAUACCCGAUGCAGUCGCCGCCCAUGAACCCGCUGCGCGCUCUGGCCUUCCCAGCAGCAUCGAGGAAGAGCUAGAGGAGAAGGUGGCGGACGAGGGCGUACUCGAUGUUGCCGCCAUCGUCACAACCGGAAACGCGCGUGAGUUCCUCGCCAAAAAGGAGAAGGAGAAGCAGAAGGGCGGCAGAAAGGUCAAGGCUGGGCAAGAGGUCGAGACUGCUAAGCAGGUCCGCCUGCCCAACUCGAAGCGGACCCACAACAUAUUUCACUUGGAAGAGGUUGUCAUGGAGGAGGUUCAGCUCCCCAAGCCCGAAGAGGCCAAGCCCGAGGACAAGGAAGAGCCCAAAAAGGAGGAGUCUGGCAGCGCGGUCGAACCCAAGGACGUGGAGAUGACGGACGGCCCUAAGCCUGCUGAUGACGCCGCUCCCGCGCCUACCGACAGUGAGGUCAAGCCUGCAGAGACGCCGGCCCCCGCAGCACCCACAGACUCCGCAGUCUCUCCUGCAGCUCCGGAGACGAACGGAACGACUGCUCAGGCCGCCGCCGCCGCCGCCGCCGCCGCCGCCAGCACCACUACCACUAACGGCGCGCCCCAAUCUCCUCAGUUGCAGGCCAAGCGCGUCCGCCGCGACAUCGAGGUUGGCCCCGAACGCUUCACCUUCGCCGACCGCGGCGAGAUCGACCGCAUCGUGACCACCAUCUACCGCACAGUUCAGGGUAUCGAAGACAUGUACAUGCGCCCCGCGUGUUGGGACAACCUCGUCUUCGUCGGCAACGGCUCGCGCCUGCGCGGCCUCAAGGACAACAUCCUCCAGACCCUCGUAGCCCGCCACCUCAUCUCCCCCAGCACUGCCACCAUGUUCACAUCGGAGCUGCCCUCCAAUGUGGCCACGCCCACCGGCACCGGCGCGCAGACCCCCACGGGCUCCUUCACGGGGGUCCCGCUUCAGCUCCCCGUCAACGUCGCCGCCGGGGGCUCCUCCGGCGUCAACCCCCUCCUUCAAGCCGCCACGACGGCCUCGGCCCAGAACCAGGGCACUCCCGGCCCCUCGGGAGGCGCCGAUGCCGUCGGCAACCACUCCGGCCACCACUUCCACAGCCAGACGCCGACGAGCAUCAAGCUGGCCACUUUGCCGACCUACUUGAGCGAGUGGAACAAGAACGGUUUCGAGGAGGCCAUGUUCCUCGGCGCCCAGGUCGCCGCUCGCAUCGCCUUCUGCCAGCACAACCUCGACAUGGCCGGCCUCGAGGCCCAGCGCCAAGCCAGCCUGAGCAGAGUCGACUACAACGAGCUCGGUCCUAAGGGCAUCCGCACUCACUCCAUGCUCAAAUAG